ACGGCACGGCAGGGAACGAGCAGGCGCACCGCCACUUCUGACAGAGUCACUCUGAGGUCCUUGUUUCUCUCGAUUCCGGACAAUACAAGCAAUAUUUCCUGCUGCCUUCUGUGGGAACAAUGCAGUCUUCCUCUUUGGAAGAGGAUGGAGGCAGCUGGUUUUAGAAGUGGAGGGCCUCAUCCUAAAGAUACAGUAAUAUGCGAAAACAAUGGAGCGUAUAUAGGUUUAUCAGACUGUGUAUACACCAUGAGAAGUGGAAGAGGAGUGAGCAAAAUGUAUAUCUGUAAUUAUUGGAGGCUUGGUGCCUGGACCAGAGCCCCCCACACUGUGCCCCCCUGAUGCUGGCCAGCCUGUGCCCAGAAGAUGAGCAGAUUGCUGGUGGGUGUGACUCUGGAGAGGAUCUGCAAAGCUGUACUGCUCCUAUGUUUGUUGCACUUCCUCAUCAUCAUGAUCCUGUACUUUGAUGUCUAUGCCCAGCACCUGGAUUUUUUCAGCCGCUUCAAUGUGCGCAACUCGUCCUCUCGCACCCUGCCCUAUGUCAACAUCUCUCGGCCUAACGUCACCGCUGGACCGCUGGGCCCUGAGCUCCUGGGCUCGAGUGCCAAGCCUGUCAGGAACAACACUGUCACCGAGAAGCCCUUACCGCCCUGCCCAGAAAUGCCUCCUGGUCUAGUGGGACGGCUCCUGAUUGAAUUCAGCUCUCCCAUGAGCAUGGAGAGGGUGCAGCGAGAGAACCCAGAUGUGCAGGAGGGUGGCAAGUACUCACCCCCAGACUGUGUGCCUCGCCAGAAGGUGGCCAUCCUCAUCCCUUUCCGCCACCGUGAGCAUCACCUCAAGUACUGGCUGCACUACCUGCACCCAAUUCUACGACGUCAGAAGGUGUCUUAUGGCAUCUAUAUUAUCAACCAGUUCGGUGAAGAUACCUUUAACCGAGCCAAACUUUUGAAUGUGGGCUUUCUGGAAGCCCUUCGAGACGAUGAGAGCUAUGACUGCUUCAUCUUCAGUGAUGUUGACCUUGUGCCCAUGGAUGACAGGAAUAUUUAUCGCUGCUAUGACCAGCCCCGACACUUUGCAGUUGCCAUGGAUAAGUUUGGUUUCCGGCUGCCAUACUCUGGCUACUUUGGAGGUGUCUCUGGCCUGAGCAAGACACAGUUUCUGAAGAUCAAUGGCUUCCCUAACGAGUACUGGGGCUGGGGUGGGGAAGAUGACGACAUCUUUAACCGGAUCUCGCUGAAUGGCAUGAAAGUGUCACGUCCUGAUGCCCGCAUUGGGCGCUACCGCAUGAUCAAGCAUGAGCGUGACCGGCACAAUGAGCCCAAUCCCCAGCGGUUCACCAAAAUCCAGAAUACCAAGGUGACCAUGAAACGUGAUGGCAUCGGCUCACUGCAGUACCGCCUGGUGGAGAAGGUUCGGCGUCCCAUGUAUACCAAUAUAACUGUGGAGAUUGGCCGACCACCACCGCGGCCCCCUCGGGGUUGACUCUUGGCUGCCUGGCUCUGCCCACGGCCCCAUGCAUGAGGAGCUGUGUGGAUCCCAGCCCUGACUGGUUCAGAGGACUGUGUCUGGUUCGGAGGACCUGCCUGCCUCCUUUCUGGGGAUUGGGGAAAAGGCCAAGAAGAGUAUCUUUGCCUUGCUUAGCCUUCAGAGGAAGCCCCCAUCUCCUUAUCACUAGUCAGUUCUCCACAGUGCCCUUCACAGGCCGGGGAGUGAAUGUGAGUGUGUUACGGUGCCUGUCUUCGUGUGUGAGGGCUGUGGGUACAGCCCGGCCCCGUUCCUGGUUGGAAGGUGCCCAAGAGCUGAGGAAGCCACGUUGCAGGUCUUUUUGGCAGAACCUGCCCUCUUCUUGUGCUCCUGACAAGGCUCCAUCCCGCAAAGAGUCCAGAAGUACAGUAGCCGUUCUCCUCCUCUUCUUCUUCUUCUUCACGCAGCCUGCCAGUCGACUGCCUUUUUGAGCCUUCCUUCCAGGGCAGGGCCUGGUUUUAUGACAACUGCCAGCUCCCAAAGUGUCAAGGUGGUUCACCUCUGACCAGUUUGAGGAGGAGAGCUACAUUGUGGUGAAAGCUCCGGUUGGUCUGGCCAUGGCCCACUUCCAUAUUCCUGGCUUGGUGCUGUCCCCUGCUGAGUUCUGGGUGUCAUUUCUGGCUCCAGUAACGCAGGGGUGUUUUCUACAAACUCUCAUUAGAAUCCUCGAGUGCUUCCUGGGUUAGAGUGGCAUGUGGCCUGCCUGGCAAGGGAGCAACAAGCACCAUGUUCCUAGCUGUGUUUGUUCCUUUGUAAAGAACAGUUGGUUGGGUGGAUUCAUGAUUGUGUUUCAGGCUACUCCGGGGUGGGGAGACUUGUUUCUUAGUUCCAUGGGCACAAAGGGGCCAAUGACCAUGGUUACAGAACAGAAGAAGGCCACGUUGGCUUCCUGUCUUUUUUCCCUGACCCACUGCUACCACCUUAGCAAGCAGUUCUUACCAUUUGUGACACCAUCUACCAGGCCCACUCAGACUGCCCUUUUUGCCAAGCUGCCAUCUGUUAACACCUGAGGCCGGGCCCCUGGAUCUGUCUUGCUCAUGAUGUGUGGCAGCCCUGGGUCUAGUAUCUGGAGCUAGAAAGCUGCUGGUGUCCCUCCAUUCUGGUUAUGGUGCCUGGCAGGUAGAAUCUCCUGUAUCUGUCCACUUUGGGGGUGGCAGCUGGGCCAGGCUUGAAGCCAGGCAUCAGUGUGUUGCACAGCCCCCGUGUUGGUGACUUUUGUACAUUUGAAUGUUUUGAUCCCUUUUCAAGCCUAUGGUGAAUGCAGCACUGGUCACUAUGAUCAGAUUUUUGUAUUCAGUAAAGUUUCGAAACUUGGA